AUGCCCUUUUCCCAGUCCUCUAUCAACAUCUCCUUCUUUCAGCCACCUGCUUUCCUCAUGAUUGGCAUCCCAGGAAUGGAGGCCUUCCAUGGCUGGAUUUCCAUCCCCUUCUCCUCCAUGUACGCUGUGGCACUCGCUGGAAACUGCCUCAUCCUCCUGGCUGUGAGCAGGACUCCCAGCCUUCACCAGCCCAUGUACUACUUCCUGUCCAUGCUGGCCCUCAGUGACGUGGGCCUCACCUUGUCCACACUGCCCACCACACUCGCUGUGCUCUGGUUUGACUACCGUUUCAUUGACUUCCACAGCUGCCUGGCCCAGAUGUUCUUCCUGCACUUCUUCUCUGUGGUGGAGUCCUCGGUGCUCCUAGCCAUGUCCUUUGACCGCUUCGUGGCCAUCUCCAACCCUCUGCGCUAUGCAGCUAUCCUCACAAAUAAUGUCAUCCUCAGGAUUGGAAUAGCCAUUACAACCCGCGCGACUCUGUCCCUUUUACCGUUGCCUUUCUUGCUGAAGCGGCUAAACUAUUGCCCUGGAAAGAUCCUCUUGUCCCACUCGUUCUGUUUCCAUGCUGACGUCAUGAAGUGUGCCUGCGCUGACAUUACCGUCAACAUCCUGUAUGGACUCUAUGUAGUCCUAUCCACAGUGGGUAUAGAUUCCUUGCUCAUUGUUUUGUCCUAUACCCUGAUCCUUCAUACUGUGAUGGGGCUGGCCUCUCCCAAGGAGCGCAUCCGCAGCCUCAACACCUGCAUUUCUCACAUCUUAGCUGUCCUGGUCUUCUACAUCCCAGUCAUAGGUGUGUCUAUGAUCCACCGUUUUGGAAGGCGUCUGCCCCACAUUGUGCACGCUCUUGUUGCCUAUGUGUACCUGGUGGUACCUCCUGUGCUCAACCCCAUCAUCUACAGUGUCAAGUCCAAGCCCAUCAGAGGGGCCAUGCUCAAGGUGCUAUGCAUAAAAGACCAAGGCUGA